AUGUCCGCCCGAAAAUCCAUCCUCAUUACCGGCGCCGGCGGUCUCGUCGGCCCCCUCCUCGCCACCCGCCUCCUCUGCGACUCUAACUACUCCCAACACACCAUCUACCUAACCGAUCUCGCGCCCCCCAUCGUCCCCUCCGCCUCUUCCUCCAUCCCCGCCGACCGGCUCAAAGACGUCAUCCCCAUCCAAGGCGACAUCACCUCCCCCUCUUUCGUCUCCUCCCUCAUUUCCGCCACCCUCCAAGACGGCGCAAACUUAUCCGCAGUCUUCAUCUUCCACGGCAUCAUGUCCGCCGGCUCCGAAGCGAACUUUGAGUUAUCUCUCAAAGUCAACGUUGACUCCGUGCGCUUACUGCUCGACGAAAUCCGCACCCAAGCCCCCGGCACACGAGUGAUAUACAGCAGUUCGCAAGCAAUCUACGGCCAACCCUUACCCGCCGUCGUAACAGACGACGUCACGCCCACCCCGCAAAGCACAUACGGCGCCCACAAGCUGAUGAUGGAGACGUACAUCAACGAUUUGCAUCGCAAGGGAUAUAUCGAGGGUUUUGUAGUGCGCUUCCCUACUAUUUCGGUGCGACCGGGUAAACCGACGGCGGCUGCGUCGAGUUUCUUGUCGGGAAUCAUUAGGGAGCCGUUGGCGGGAAAAGAGUGCGUGGUGCCUAUUGAGGAUCGUGGCUUUAGGUCGUACUUGUCGAGUCCGUCGACGAUCGCGGAGAAUCUGGUUAGAGUGUUGGAGAUGGAUAGUGAUAAACUGCCGGAGCAUAGGAGGAGUGUCAAUUUCCCGGGCAUUAGUGUCAGUGUGCAGGAACUGUUGGAUGCGUUGGAGAAGUUUGGGGGGAAGGAGAAACUGGGGCUGGUAAAGGAAAAGAGGGAUAAAGGGUUGGAAAAGGUGUUGAGGAGCUGGCCGACGGAUUUUGAUACGAGUAGGGCUGUGGGCGAGCUGGGGUUGGUGGUUGAUGAGGGGGUGGACGGGUUGGUUGGGGAGUAUGUGGAGAGUUUGAAGCGGAAGGAGUGA